AUGCAACUUCAUGGUACCAUUCCUCCACAUCUUGGAAACCUCUCAUUUCUCGUCUCCCUUGACAUCAGCGACAACACUUUCUAUGGGGAUUUGCCAGAAGAGUUGUCUCAUUUGCGGAGGUUGAGAUUGAUUAAUGUCACAAGCAAUAACUUCACCGGAGCCAUUCCAUCAUUUUUAAGUUUGUUACCAAAUCUACGCUUUGUGUACCUAUCAAGCAACCAAUGUUCGGGGAAAAUUCCAACUUCCUUUUCCAAUCUAACAAAGCUGCAAGUGUUAAGAAUACAGAUAAAUUUUCUUGAUGGAGAGAUCCCUAGAGAAAUCGGGCUUCACCUCUCAAGCAACUCCCUAGAUGGAGUUAUUCCACCAAACUUGGAGAAAUGUAGAAAGCUUCAAAGAUUGUCAUUGUCGCUCAAUGACUUUAUCGGAACUGUACCAAGAGAGCUAGCCAACUUAACAACUCUUACAAGAUUAUUUCUUGCUGGACAACACUUGGAAGGAGAGAUACCGGUGGAGCUAGGUAAUCUUAAGAAACUACAGUGGCUGAGUUUUCUUGAUAAUCAGUUUAUCGAUUCUGUCCCUGCAAGCAUUUUCAACAUAUCAACACUGCAUAUCAUAGAUCUUGGAGUAAACAGGCUUUCAGGUCCAAUUUCUGAUUCACUUGGUAACUUAGAGUACCUUGAGAUUCUAAACUUGCAGCUGAAUAAUUUUUUCAACGAUUCAACAUCGAGCUUCCUUACAUCAUUAACAAACUGUAGGAAACUAAGAGCACUCAAGUUUAAUGACAAUGCAUUGGAUGGAGCUUUACCGGUGUCAGUUGGUAAUUUCUCAAAUUCGCUGCAACAUUUUCAAGGAAAUGGUUGUAAACUGAAGGGUAUCAUUCCUCGUGAAAUUGGUAAUCUUACUGGAGUAGAGAGCGGAAACUUAAAGGCUGCAACACUCAUUGAUUUGUCAAGAAAUUAUUUUUCUGGUAAGAUUCCUAGCACUCUAGGGGGUCUAGUUAAACUGAUUAAUCUUUCUCUAGCACAUAAUAGAUUAGAAGGGUCUAUUCUAGAAUCAUUUGGCAAAAUGUUGUCUUUGGAAUUCUUGGAUUUGUGCUAUAAUAAUCUUAGUGGUGAAAUUCCAAAGUCAUUAGAAGCUCUUGCGUAUCUCAAAUACAUGAACAUCUCAUUUAAUGAACUUAGUGGAGAAAUUCCCACUGGUGGUCCUUUUGCACAUGUCACUAGUCAAUCUUUUGUUAGUAAACUAUUGAGAAAGGCAAAGAGGAAUGCAAGUCAAGCAGAUGUGGCUCUGGUAAAAUGGCAUGAAAGAAUUUCCUAUUAUGAGCUUGAACAAGCCACAAAAGGAUUCGGCAAAAGCAACUUGCUUGGUAAUGGAAGUUUCAGCAUGGUCUAUAAAGGGAUACAUAAUGAUGGUACCCUUUUCGCAGCGAAGGUAUUCAAUGUGCAAUUGGAGGGUGCAUUCAAAAGUUUUGACACAUAG